GUGGCGGUAAAUCAAGAAGAGGAGAAGUUCACCCUGUGAAGAGAGCCUCACGUGUUUCCUUCAUUUCUCCAUGCGUAUUGUGCUGUAGAAAGCAAGACAGGAGCUAAUUUAUCCAAACAAGAGAUUAAAACACUUUCUUCAGAGGAGACAGUUCACUAAACAGGUUGCCAUGUCCUCCUACACCUGCAUCAGCUGCAGAGUGGCGUUCACAGAUGGCGAGGUGCAGCGGGCGCAUUAUAAAACCGACUGGCAUCGCUACAACCUGAAGCGUAAAGUCGCCGACAUGCCGCCGGUCACCGCGGAAAACUUCCAGGAGCGAGUCCUGUCUCAGCGAGUGGCCGCGGAGAAACAGCUGAGCGAUACGGCGGCCACCGAGGGCUGUGCCGUCUGCAGCAAGAAGUUCUCCAGCAUCAACGCCUACCAGAACCACCUGCAGUCCCACAAACACCUGCAGGCGGAGAAGCAGGCGCUGCUCGCCGCCCAGAAGAAGGUGGACAAGAUGAACGAGAAGAACCUGGAGAAGGGACUCGGCGAGGAGAAGGAGGAUCGAGACGCAAGAAACGAGGCGCUGCAGCAGGUGCUGAAGGAGCAGCAACGACCCGGUCCAGCGGCUCAGGCAGAGAAGAAGCCGAGGACAGCGGAGCAGCUGGAGUGUCCUCCGAGGAUGAUGUGGCUGGAGGAGCAAGCCAAGAGGAGGGAGAAGGACACUGGAGCGACAGCAGCUGUGGAAGAAGAGUGGGAAGACGUUGAGGGGGAGGAUGAUGAUAUGGAGGAAGAGGAGGAGGAGGAUGAUGAGGAGGAAGAGGAGACGAUGGACCAGGAGGAAGGGGCUGCUGCUGCCGUCUCCGCCCCACGUCCAGCUGCUCUGCCGGGAUCCAUCCCCGUCACAGACUGCCUGUUCUGCUCACACCACUCCAAGUCUCUGAUGAAGAACGUGGCCCACAUGACGCGAGUCCACAGCUUCUUCAUCCCCGACCUCGAGUUCCUCGUCGACCUCAAGGGCCUCAUGCGGUACCUCGGUGAGUUGUGGAGGUGAAUGAACUCCAGGUGGAAGCUGCACAAUGGCUAAAACAAGCUGAUUUACGGUUCAAUCUUUUGACUGGUUUUUACAAUUCAAAGCUUUUUCUUAAUUUUUAAUACAGUUUUUAAGAUUUAAUCACAUCCUUAUUAGUGUUUUAACCUC